UGGGCUUUACUAGCAAAUAAAACCCAGUGUUGGUUUAUGCCUUUUAAAAAGAACAGCAUUUUAGGCCUUUAACCGUAAAAAUCACGUGAAGGCACGUGUGCCUCACAACAAGACACGCGCGCCACAGACGUUCGCGUCAUUUCACCACAAAACGUCGUUUCCAUCAAAUGUUGGCGCCAACUCUACUCUUUCCCUCGCUCAAAUUACAUUCCCUCACACAAAAUUUACAAUAAUACCCUUCAUCUUCCCCAACAAGCCUCUCGAAAAAGAAUAAAAUUUUCAAAACGUUUCAACGCUUCCCUCCACACCUCUUCCCUCUCCUCUCCAAAAACAUUCGAAACCCUCUCACCCCUCCCCCAUUAUAAAUACCCAACCCUAGACACCACCGAAAAACCAUCAAAUCACAUCUUCACCAACAACAACCUCUAAAAACUCAAUACACAUCCAAAAAAAUGCCUUCCAUGGCAGAAGAGCCUCUCCUAACCCCAACCCCAGACAGAUUCUGCAUGUUCCCAAUCCACUACCCUCAGAUCUGGGAGAUGUACAAGAAAGCCGAAGCCUCCUUCUGGACCGCCGAAGAAGUCGACCUCUCGCAGGACACGCGCGACUGGGAGAACAACCUCAACGACGGCGAGCGCCACUUCAUCAAACACGUCCUCGCCUUCUUCGCCGCCUCCGACGGAAUCGUCCUCGAGAAUCUCGCCUCCCGCUUCAUGUCCGACGUCCAAGUCUCCGAGGCGCGCGCCUUCUACGGCUUCCAGAUCGCGAUCGAGAAUAUCCACUCCGAGAUGUACAGUCUCCUGCUAGACACUUACAUUAAGGAUAACAAGGAGAGGGAUCACCUCUUCCGCGCGAUCGAGACCAUCCCUUGCGUCGCGAAGAAGGCCCAAUGGGCCUUGAGGUGGAUCGACGGAUCUCAGACUUUCGCGGAGAGGAUCGUGGCGUUCGCCUGCGUGGAAGGGAUCUUCUUCUCCGGAAGCUUCUGCUCCAUCUUCUGGCUCAAGAAGAGAGGGCUCAUGCCGGGGUUGACUUUCUCCAACGAGCUGAUCUCGAGAGACGAAGGCCUGCACUGCGAUUUCGCGUGCUUGAUCUACACGUUGCUGAGGACGAAGCUCACGGAGGAGCGCGUGAAGUCGAUCGUCUGCGACGCGGUGGAGAUCGAGAGGGAGUUUGUGUGCGACGCGCUGCCGUGCGCGUUGGUGGGGAUGAACAAGGAUUUGAUGAGUCAGUAUAUUGAGUUUGUUGCGGAUAGGCUUUUGGGGGCGCUUGGGUACGGGAAGGUGUACGGUGUGGCGAAUCCGUUUGAUUGGAUGGAGUUGAUCUCGCUUCAGGGGAAGACGAAUUUCUUUGAGAAGAGGGUUGGGGAUUAUCAGAAGGCUUCGGUUAUGUCUAGCGUUAGUGGUGGCGGUGCGUUUGAUAAUCAUGUGUUCUCUCUCGAUGAGGAUUUUUAGAUUUGGUGUUAUGGAUGUUGUUAUUUGCGAUUAUACCAUUGUAAUAUUCCGUGUAUUAUCGGGUUUUUAAUUAAUGAAAUAUUAUUAUAAG